AAAAUAAUAUGAAGGCUCUUCUUCAGUUUUCCGCAUCUCAAAAGCGCGGUCUAUAUGAGUACAUAGUGCACAGAAUCACAGAUCCAACGUAUACUGUUCCAUCUCUGCCAUAAUUCAAAACCCUCCCCAGAAACCCAAUUAACAACACAGGAACAAGAAUUCGAAACACAAUGCCUCCUCGCGCUUCCAAGAGAAAAGCUAAUCCUACCAAAUCUGCCCCUGCCAAAUCUCCUAAAGUUGAUUCUGUUCGCUCCGCCUCAAGCAAAGGGAAAGCUGCAUCAAAAGUGGCGGAGUCCAUAGAUAACCUUUUCAAUACAUAUGCUAACAAAUCGUUGGGUUCAAUUGAUCCAGAUGGAGUGGAGGCAUUGUGCUCUGAUCUAGGCGUAGAUCAUACUGAUGUCAGGGUUUUGAUGCUUGCUUGGAAAAUGAAAGCAAAAAGACAGGGAUAUUUCUCUCAGGACGAGUGGCAAUUAGGGUUGAAAGCUCUUCAGGCUGAUACCAUUACUAAAUUGAAGAAAGCCCUCCCAAAAUUGGAGGCAGAGGUCAUGAUGCCUGCUAAUUUUGAGGAUUUUUAUGCUUUUGCAUUUCGCUACUGCCUAACAGAGGAUAAACAAAAAUGCUUAGACAUUGAUAGCAUCUGUAUACUGGUGGAUCUUGUUCUGGGGUCACAGUUCCGAGCUCAGGUCGACUCAUUCGUAGAAUAUCUUAAGAGUCAAAGUGAUUAUAAAGUACUCAAUAUGGAUCAGUGGACAAACUUUCUUCGAUUUUGCCAAGAGAUAAGCUUCCCAGACCUCCAAGAUUAUGAUACAAAUCAAGCAUGGCCCGUAAUUCUUGACAAUUUUGUAGACUGGAUGAAAGAAAAGCGAAGCUAACUGCAGCUUGAAACCAUCCCUCCUUAGUGCUAAUUUCACAAGGGCUUCUCCAAACUCCAUGACGGAGCCAAAGUACUCGUGAAUCAUCGUGCUACUGAGAAUAUGAAGCUGGUCUGCCAGGAUACAAAAUUCAAUCUCAGAUUUUACUUACAUUCAUGCUAAAUUACUCAUACAAACUAUUUUGAGUCAUGCAAAAAAAAAAAAAAAGAAGCAUUGUAUGGAAUGAUGAAUUUUUGCUAGCUCUAUUUCUUGAAGUUGCAUGGAUUCAUUUUUAGCCACAUUUCUCAAUCCCUGAAUCCUUAUAUAUUUAUAUGCUUGAAAGUCAUGUCAUGAAGCAAAUGCAGAUUGAAUGACAAAAUCAUACCUCUUGAAUUCUU